AUGGAUCGCAUUCGGGAAGUGUUGAACUUUCCUUCCAUUCAGAGACCACUGUCAAACGGGCCACUGAACUUCCCCGGGCAUUUCCCUGAGGCAGAAAUUCGUGAAACUACGGCUCAGCUGCCUUAUUUCAACCUUUUGUUUGUGAGGCCAGUCACCAUUCUUGUCUAUCUUGUGCUUUUGCUUUUCUUUCAAGUUACACAAGUACUUUAUUUUCUUGGCAAUUCCGAUUCAAGAUCAUCGCUGAGCGCUGGUACGACAGCAAGUAAUGCUCUUAUAAAUGACCCAAUUUCAAGGGCCGAGCAUUUUGUACGGGAGCUCGAGGAAAACCUCCUGCCCCUGCAACAAUUCACGCUGUAUCACUCUGAUCGAAAUUCACAGUAUUUGCCUCCCUUUUUCCAAGGAAGUUACACGCAGGCGUUGUAUAUGGCUUCAACUAGGGCCAAGUUUUUCUAUGUGUAUUUAACAAACCUGAUGAGUGAUGGCUCCCAGUCUCUUUUUGCCAAGGUAAUCACCAAUCCAAAGUUCAGAUCUAUCUUCCAAAACGAACAUGUUAUCAUAUGGGGUGGAGACGUGACAGAUCCUGAGGCAUACCAGCUAGCCAACAGUUUGAAUAUCACGAAGUUCCCCAUGAUCGGACUUCUCUGCCUCACACGCACAACUAGCAUGACCCCCGACGGUCCCCGGAAAAGCAGUCCUCGAAUCUCCUUGAUUCUGAAGAUCCAAGGUGGCCUCAAGGACUCAACCAAUCCAGAAUCAUUGAUUCAUAAUAAGUUUGUUAAACGCAUGGCGAAAUACGAUGGAGACUUGGUCAUCAUACGUGCUGAGCUACGGGAGAAAUAUCUCACCGAAGCAAUGCGCCACCGCCAAGAUGCAGAUUUUCAACGGUCUCUUCUCAUAGAUAAACAGAAGAAAGAAAGAAAGAGACUAAAGAAACUCUCGGAGAAGUACUUGAAAUGGAAACAACCUUAUUUUAAACAUUUACAGGAAAGCACAGAGGCUCGCGGUACUCUGCGUAUUGCUAUCAAGUUUGAAACUGGACAACGCGUUACCGUCAUGUUUCCCAAAAAUAGCCCAGUCGAGGACAUAUUUUUGUUUGUGGAAUUACACAACCGCAAGAUGCUUGACGAUAUGUACGAAACCACAAUGAGUGACGCUGACGCACAGGCGCUUUUUCGCGGCUUCGAUAUGAAAUUCGAAUUCAGACUCACUUCGAGUAUCCCCCCUCGUCCGACGCUAAACGACAUACACAUGCAGACACCUAUUGAAGAUGUAAAUUUUAUUUUCCCGAGUGGACUACUUAUGGUGGAAAGAACAUGA